ACCUAGACACGGACGUACUUUCUGCAGGAUGUCAGAUUCCAGUAUUGACCAUCACCUAUUUCUUCUUCUGAUACUCGCUUUCCCCGUGGUUCACUGUCCUAUCACAUCUGUCAUUAACGCCAACGGAGACACCGUAGUUGACUUGAGUAUCAUCACCUCCCACAUCACCCAUCUUGAAAAGCAGGUGUCUUCGCUACAGCACCAGUUCGAGUCCGACCUCAAGUCGACCAUGACGGACCUGGUUAGCGUCAGAAGCGAACUGAAGGCGAGCCGAGAAGAACAUGAUCAACUCAGAGAAGAUCUGAAUGCCAAGUGUCAAAUAUUGAAGCUUGCGUCUGACGAGUUGAAUGUCACGAGAUCAGAAAUAUCACGUUUGAAGGAAGAAAGUCGGGAAGUAAAGACUGCUUGUGUUGCUAAUGUUCACUCACUGACGAAUGUGUUGGAAAUAGUUGGUGCAAUCACCACAAACAUUUCAUUCGAGGUUUCCUUGUCACACCCCCUGCACUCUGUAGGUGACAAAGACACCCUCAAAUUUGACAAAGUUCGUGUGAACUCUGGCCACCAUUACCAUAAGGACACAGGAGCUUUCACUGCACCGGUCAGUGGUUCAUAUAUGUUAUGGGCAAGUAUUAGGCUGACAGAACCCAACAGCUUCAUCAACAUUUACGUCCACAGUCACAACAAAGUAAUUGGUCAUGGCCACGCGGAAACGUCAACGUCUACACCGAGUGUUGCCACGUUACUGACAGUGACGUUCCUGAGGGUAGACGACAAAGUGUGGUUCACCAAGCACUCUGGAUCUACAGUUAUUCAUGGAGACAUACAUACAUCUGUGACAUCGAUUUAUGGUGGCGCUUUGUUGCGUCCACACUAGCACAAGAUCUAAUAAACCAUUUUCAUGACAUUUCGAAGCAACAGGCAAUCAUUACACACAUAAGGACUGUUGAAUCAGAAAUAUUAUUCAAAUACGUUUUCCUUAUUAUUAUACUUCAGAGAAUUUAUACUCACACAUGAGAAUGCUGACAUACUGCCUAUGAUCAACACUCAGGAGAUUAUAUAUGUAUUUUGUGACAGGUUUGCUUAACUUUAAAGCAUUCACUAUAUACAACUGUCCUAUCUUCAACGUGGUAACACAUGUCUAUAAUAAGAUCCGGCACUACAACACGCGACGCAUGAUCUGAACAUGUAUGGGAUGGGACGAUGGCAGGGGGUGGAAUCUGUUUCGGCAGAUAAUCGAGACUGGUUAAUCUCUGUUUUUAUAUGUGUUGACCUGAUUGCAUCAGGGGUUUGCUUCAC